CAAUGGCACUCGGAGCAUUUGACGCACUGGACGUGCCACGACUUGUCCAGCACCUUCAUGAGUGAGGCGAUCUCGCAGGGAGACAGGCGAGUAGGAGAAAAGAUAGAGAGGGUCGUAUUCACAUAGAUUACGGAGAUCCGUUUACUAUUGUAAAUGCGCGGGAAAACCGUAAGUUCAAAUUUUCAAAUUUUGUCGAGUGCCUGGAGCUUUGCAGGCAAGUAAGUGUGAAGACAAACGCGCAGCGAUCCCAAUGUUGUCAUGAACCGUCUUCAUCUCAAGGAGAAUUGCUUUGAACCCAUGGACACACAUAGUCUCCCGCCGAGGCUGGGAAGAAAGAGGCGCUCAUCCGUGAGAUAUCCACGUGGCGCAAGCUACAGUUUGUGUUUAGCGCGUCUCUGCUUGUAUUUCUGCAGAUCCUCAAGCCGCAGAGGCCGUUCACUGACGUACAGAACCUCUCUCGCGGCAUUGGUGGAGACGACAGUCGGACAGCAAAAGACCGCCGGGUCAGCUUUUGUCCAAGAAUUGAAGUGAAGGAGUUCACCAAGCACAACUUUGCUGAUCCUACCUCUGGAGAGACUGGUCCGGCUACUCGGUCAAGGCCUGAGGAUGAGGGAGCUGUCAAACAGGUGUCACUCCCGAGUGUGGAGGACGAGGUGCCUCAAAUGUCCACCCCAGUGAGGAAGAAGAGGAGAAGGAUCUCUGCUGCCAGUCCGAUUGCCCGACUCUCAAUCAUUCCCUAAGUUUGAGAAAUCCUUUGCUUUCCCCGACGAUGACUUUGUGAUAUUUGAAGACAGAGAUCGGGGGCAGUCUAGAGGUCCUCCCCCAGCCACUGCUCCUCACGAGGAGAUCACUCUAUUGGAGGACCUGCCUGAACCACACCCUCCUGCACUGGAGGAUGACGUAAUGCUGGACCUCGAGCUAAACGAGGCUCCAAUGAACGGGGCUCCUCCUGAUACGAACCAGCUCCACUCAGAGUCCUCACCUCCCACCAAUCUCCCUCGUCUCACGGAUGACGAUAACCAGAGGUUGGCUGAGCUGUUCCCGAGCGUUGCCGUCUCUCCUCCCACUAAUGCCACCGCAAUAAUUGGCACUUUCGUCACCGUACACCAACUCUUACUUUGUAGCAAUGUCCUCACCCGAGAUGAAGACCACACCCCGAAGACUGGCUGAUAGACGGAGGAUCAACAUCACAGCAGGCGACCAGUUGGUAGAUAGGGAGAUGGGGGAGGAAGAUGGGGGAGUGGUCAGUAAGGAGCUCCGUGUGGUCGAGUCACCACUCAGUCAAGGAGGCACCAUGGCUGAGCCACGCUCGAUGGACCUGACCUGCUUUUCUUCCCACCCCUCUACCAGCGAAAACACACCAGCCCUCCCCUCUGCAGUCAUAGGGACUCAUUCCAUGGAGUUGACCUGCUUUUCCUCACGUCCCUCGACAAGCCAAGACACAACUGCCUUAGUCCCUUCUCCACACACUGGAGCUGAGCCUGAGCCUGAGCCUGGAACUAUUGCUAAUACUGUGGCUAUGUCUCUCACAUGUGACCAGUUGGAACAGGAAGAGGGGGAGGGUGGUGUGUCAUGUGACAAUCAUGUGGUCUCUGCUGAGUCAACAAUUCCUCUUCCCAGCCCACAUCUUAGUAGUGGGGGAGAGAGUCAGGAGAUGAUGGACAUCACAUGUCAGUCUGAGACCACCACCACCAGCCAGGAGACAUGCCAGGACACCUCUCUUCACAUCCACCAAGAGCCCUGUACUGUCAAACAGGACACCUCUCUCCCCUCCAGUAGACCAGUUGAAGAUGAUGAGAACAGCAGGCAACCUGGUGAUCUGGACAAAUCUUCCCCUGCUGUUGACAAGAGAAGCUUGGAGAAGGCGUAUUCUGUGGGUCAAAGCAAUGGGUCAGCAUGUGGAAACAAGGAGCAGAAAGUCGCGGCAGAGCCAGAAGAAGAAGUGGCUAAUGUGGCUCCUACAACCAACUCCAGUCCAGUGUUCAAAGUGCCCAAGAGACCACCAAAGACACAGUUGAGUCUCAAGUCAUCCGGGAAGAGGGUGGUUGUUGCGUCUCCCAUUGUCCCCACCCCCCGCCGCACCGGUUCUCUCUCCCUCUCCUCCUCACUCUCCCACCACCCUCUCAAUACCACCUUCACUGUUCCUCCUCUCUGUAAACCCCGCACUCCCACUGCUACACCCUCCAAUCCACAGUCUAUACCCCAGCUACCCUCUACUGAGGGAAAAGAAGAGACAACGACUAGUAUCAUCAGCUCUCUCCUAUCUUCUCCUCUUCCAUCUGCUCCCUCUCCUCUCGCACUGCCCCCCACACACCCCUGUACCGGCUGGCUCCAAUCUCCCGGAGAGAGUUUCAACCUUGUCCACUCUGAAGAUGAAACACUCGACAGCACACGGGAAGAUAUCUCUCCUCCAGAACCACGUCCACCACCCACUCCUCAACAGUUGCAGACAGACAGCCAGGGAAAUAUAACUUCUACACUCCAAGAAACCCCUGUCCCUCAGCAUAAGACACCUGUUCCCCUACCUACCCUUCCGGCAAGUUCUGCUUUUCAACCAAAGCGGUGUGCAGUACCACCACAGGUAGUGACACCGCUGUUCAACCACAUCUCCAGUCAAACGGCACGACUAGCUGCGGCCAUCCACAGACUCAAAGUGAGUGGACCCCCGGUCGUUUUGCCAGAGGUCGUGACCCCCGAGACAGCAAUGGUGGCCAAUCCUCCCCUACCAACUGCCCCCUCAUCAGACCUGUCCAUUCGCUCGACAAGACUCAACGACACCACGGUCUGCAGCAGCCCACUUCUCUCAACGUCCAUCUACGACAAGUUCCUGGUAAAGAUCUACAAGGAGGAGAACGAUCCGUUGGCCCCUGCUGCCGAGACUGAAACUUUAAUUGCGGGACCUAUCGCUACUGGUGGAGCCACUGGUCUCGAUAGGGUCUCCAAACAAGAGACCACCACAGAAAUUGACGUCACAUCGCAACACAGCAACACAUCAGUUCCCACUGCUCCCGUGUCCAGCACUCUCUUCAGUAGCUUUCUCUCAGACCUUACCUCCAGACUGCAGGACAUGCUCCAUGGCAUCCAGCAGAGACUCAACUCAGAGAAAUACUGCUCUAUUCACAAAUGUCUGCCUCUAGUUCUGGACAAAUGGAGCCGAAUAUUUGCUGCAUGUCUGGGAACUCUAACAGUACUGGAGGAGUAUGGGAAGCUAUCGGGAGAGUCCAACACCCACUGCUGGCAGGACGAGGGGUGGUGUUUGGAGCAAAUGCCGCUGCCUGCCAUUGGCCAGGAAGACAUGGAGCAGGACUCCCUCUCUGUCAAACUAGACUGGAUCAUGGAACUGAGUGGCUUCUACAGCACGAUGAGACCCACUGCUGAGCUGGCCAGGGACGAAGCCGCACAGUUGUAUGGCUGGCUGUUUGAAGAUUGGUCUUACGCUACAACCACUCAAAAUGUGACUGUAGUUCUUGGAGCUAAACCUCACCACUUCCAAGUCUCUGUGUCUGAUAUGAUGGCUGACAGAGUCAGUAGCAACGAGAUCAGUGGUUGAGACCAUCUGGAGACAUGUCAACGGUGGUCCAUGACUGUUCCUCUUGUCCUGUCUAGUUCUUAUACCUCUUCCAUUUAUACUGGUUUUUUUGUUGCUUUUUUUGUCCUACGCUAUAACUGUUUUACGCAUCAUCACACCCUAUAUACAACUGGUGGGUCAUGUUUGAAACUGAAAUACACUGCAAGAAAAAACAUUGUAAGAUACAACAAACUCCUAUUGUGGUGUUAUGUAGCUAUGAAGAGGACCUGCUGAAUUGUAUGUGCCAUUGUAUUGUAAUAGUCUCGUCUCUGCUGAUGGUGGAGGUGGUGGGUUAUGAGGGAGGGACUGGUGCAGUGGUGUAGGCAUAGUCAGCCUUGUUGUGCAUCACCAGCCUCUCCUCCACGAAGUAGAAACUAUCAGAUUUUGUCUGGUACGGAUUAUCAAUCAGCUCUUUCUCUUCCUCGGGUGUCAGUUCAGGCAUCUCGUAGAUAUGCUCACAGCUGUUACGUGAGUAAGGCAUGCAGAAGCCAAAGUCAAAGUCGAAUGAUUUGAGUAGUUUCUCCUUGAAGUAGUGUCUUUCCACCAUCCUCAGCUGACGGACCUCUGACCCUCCCACCGUGAACUCCAC